AUGGGAUACAGAGAUCUCUCCGCAUCUUAUGACCUUGGAACCAGUCGCGAUAUGGGCCCAUCAGGAUUUACCGGCGCCGUGAUUAUUGUGGUGACCGAUGUCCCGCGCGCCUGGCCCAACGUUCAAUCGAAGAGGACCCGGAAAUCGUACAACAUUAUAAGACGCUCGAAAGAGAGCAACCUGCACACCCUGAGCUCAAUGUCUGAAGACGGCACACGAACGGUCUCGAUAAUGGCCAACAAAAAGGGUCCCGGUCCGCCGACACGGUACGAAGAUGGGCAAAUGCACCGAGACUCCGGCGUGGAUUGCUGUGUGGUAUCGAAAUCCACGGCGGAUCGGUUGCUGGGUGGAUGCGCACCAGAGUCCCUGGCCCACGAUCGGAUUGUGUCGACGAGCAGCGGACAGACGUAUACCUGCUCUCAUAAGUUUGACGCUCGGUGGUGCUGGAAAUCGAAACCGAGUAGUAGGGCAGUCACCUUGUUCAUCGCUCCGGGUCUCGAAAAGGAAGCCGUCUUCUCCGAGGACCAGGGAGCCGAGACCAGCUCAUCCGGAGGACCCAUUGCCCCAGUCGAAUGCCGUCCUCCCAAGCCAGGUAUGUUCGUCCACGUUGAUGAAGAGCAGGAUAAAAAGCGUGCGGUCGAGGCUAACAAAAUCAAGGAGGACGUUAUCAUGAAGCAGCAAAACCAGAAAAAGGACUUUUAUGCCAGCCCCAAGAAGAAGUUGUGUGAGGCGGACGAGGGCUCCAAGCUUCGAACCAUGGCCGGCGUGGCUCAAAGGAACUAA